AUGUUGCGCUGGUACCAGAGCAAAUUGGCCAAGAACCCCAUCCUCACAGCCAGCAUCACCAGCGCGGUGUUGUUCGGCAGUGGGGAUGUCCUCGCUCAGCAGGCCGUCGACCGGAAAGGUCUAGAGAAGCACGACUUUGCUCGCACCGGGCGCAUGGCACUCUAUGGCGGAGCGAUCUUCGGUCCCGCCGCCACAACCUGGUACGGUAUCCUCCAGCGUCACGUCGUCCUGAGAGGCACCAAGGCCACCACCGUCGCCCGAGUCGCUGCCGACCAGGUUGUGUUUGCCCCCAUCCAGCUCACUUGUUUCCUUUCGUCCAUGGCCAUUCUGGAGGGAACCGAUCCACUAGAGAAGUUGCAGAAUGCUUGGAUCCCUAGCUACAGGGCCAAUCUGAUGGUUUGGCCGUUUGUCCAAGGGGUCAAUUUCACUUUUGUGCCUUUGGAACUCCGAGUGUUGGUGGUCAAUGUGGUCAGCUUAGGCUGGAACUGCUUCCUCAGUUUAUUGAACAGUGGUGAAGAGUAA